UGCCCGGCAGCCCUGCGGCCCGCGGGAAGUGGCGUCCGGCCGCAUCCGGGAGUGCGGAUCUGCCGGAGCGUGUUCCGUGCCCGGUGCGGCGCUUGCGGUGCGGCCAUGGCGGACUCCACGCAGAACGGGCCCAUGGCAGGCGGGGCCGGCGGCGGGGCCGUGCAAUUUCUGAUGGCUAACAAGUUGGAUACAGCAAUGUGGAUUUCCCGCUUGUUCACAGUUUACUGCUCAGCUUUAUUUGUCCUGCCUCUUCUAGGGUUGCACGAAGCAGCAAGCUUUUACCAGCGUGCCUUGCUGGCAAACGCUCUUACCAGUGCCCUCCGACUACACCAAAGGCUACCGCACUUCCAGCUGAGCAGGGCUUUUCUGGCUCAGGCUUUGCUGGAGGACAGCUGCCAUUACCUGUUGUACUCCCUUAUCUUUGUGAAUUCCUACCCUGUUACGAUGAGUAUUUUUCCAGUUCUGCUGUUCUCUUUGCUUCAUGCUGCCACAUACACAAAGAAGGUUCUUGAUGCACGAAGUUCAAAUAGUUUGCCCUUUUUGAGAAAUCUCUUAGAGAAACUGAGUGCUAAUCAACAGAAUAUUCUAAAAUUCAUUGCUUGCAAUGAAAUUUUCCUGAUGCCAGCUACAGUUUUUAUGCUCUUCAGUGGACAAGGGAGUCUGCUUCAGCCAUUCAUAUACUAUCGGUUCCUUACAUUACGCUACUCCUCUCGGCGAAAUCCGUACUGUCGGACUCUCUUCACCGAGCUCAGGAUUGUUGUUGAACACUUAAUAACGAAGCCCUCGUGCCCUGUUUUUGUAAGAAGACUAUGCCUCAGUGGCAUUUCCUUUAUAAGCAGAUUGGCACCAACUGUUGCAUAGCCAAAUUCAGGCACUCGUGUUUUGUGAACAUUAUGAGCAGCUGGCACUUCUGCUGAUGAUUGGAAAUUCCUGGUUUUACACUGAUUUCACUCCAGGCUGUAUAAAAAUUCAUAAAUGCUUUUCUUGGAGAUAAUAUGAAAUUUAGCAUAUCAAAAACAAAUAAUAGAAACUUAAAUUAACCGUGCUGUAUUGUUAAUUGAUGAAAAGAAGUAGCUGCAUCCUACCUAAAGCUGCCCUAUCAUACAAGUUUGUUGUUUUGUUUUGUUUUUUUAAAUCAAGGAUUGUUUGAGAUUGAUUGAAAAUUAUUACAAGAGAUCUGUGCUCUCUAGGUUUAUGUUAGUUGGAACUAUAGCUACUUUAGGAUGUCUCCAGUGGAUAGCAGUUGAUACAUGUACCUAUGCAGUACACUUUGGACAGUAUUCUUCUGCUUACUAAAUGUAUCUGUAGAACUAUUUUGUCCAGUUUGCUAUACUCAGUGUGGAAAUAUGGCUCACUUUGAAGUUAACACGAGGGACUAAAAUCUAUCAAGCUGACAGAGAUAACACUCCUUUCUGAAGGAGAGGCUAUUUUUAUUAAUAAUACUUUAAAAGAACUCUCCCAUGUUUCUACCUUGUGACAUAAUCUUACGUUACGCUGUUGGAAGAAAUACCAAGACUGAUCACAGAAAACUGUGCAGUUUUCUUGCCAUAACAAGUUGUUUUACCAAGCCAAACUGCUGACCUGUAGGAUUUUAAGACUAAGAUGCAAUGCUUUAAACUUUUAACCAUGUCUCAAAUGAACUAAUCAAUGUUAAUGAAGUAACAUUUGCAGAGUCAUUGCAGAUUUGAUCUCGUGUCCACACAAAUGUAAGACUGCAGUAAUUCAAGCAUGUUAGCUUUUUAGAAAAGUAAUCUGUAGGUAGCUCUGUAUAAAUUAUUAUUCCAGUUUCUGAGACCCUCAUUGUGAUGAGAAAUUUGCAUAAGGAAUUGCACCUGUUUAGGCAGCUUCUGAAACAAAUGGGUGUAGGAUUUCUUGGCAUAAAUCCAUCUGAUGACUGAUCUGAAGCCAGUGUCAUGACUACAGAAGUGAAUAUUAAAUUAAGUGCAUAAAUUAAUUACACUGGUUAUGCAUUCACCCAGCAGCUGAAGGGUAGGUCAUGGAAAAAUAAUACUGUGUGAACACAACUUCUUUCCAGAAAUUUGCCGAAUUUUCUGUAGUUAGUGUUAGUAUUCUAAUUGCAUAAAGUUAAAGAGCUUUCAUUGGCCUUUUGUAAAAUUCUGUAGCUCAAUUCUCAAAUAUUCUUCCAUGGUCAGAGAAACCUUAUGAGAAAACAGUUUCAAAAACAGUCUUGAAGCAAAGUAUUUUCCUGUAACUAUUGAGUUUGUGAUAUGGAUAUCAUUCUGACUUUCCAGUUGUAUUAGUUUUUAGAUCAGAGCUGUGUAUUUAUAAACUUACUUAUUUUUUUUUUGCUCAACCUCUUGGUACUGAUGAACCAGUUGGUAAUUGAAUAUGAUAUUCUUUGACUACUUGUCUUGCUCUCUGAACAUGAUUAGCUAUUUAUAGAAUACUCGCACACUGCAGAAGCAACUGCAUGCAGUUAAUACUCUACAGCUGCUAAAGACUUGCAAUGAGAUUGAUUAUGUGUAUAUCCUGUAAUUUGAGGAUUUGAUAAAAACUAAAAUUUCUACUGCAAUAAAAGGAGUGUUAAAUGUAA